AUGGAUCGAACUUCAAUUCUGACAUUCUGCUUCUUACUCCACGCAUUGGACCAAGGGCAGGCGAAACUUGGUUACGGUGGAACUGAGCAGGAAUGGGGAUCAAUAGAAAUUCGUCCGGGCGCUCAUGCUUUCUGGUGGUUGUACUUCGUUAACCCCCCAUCAAAACCAGUGAAUUUCGAUGUCUACAGCAGACCCUUAAUAAUAUGGCUGCACGGAGGCCCUGGUUAUGGAGCUUCAGGGAUCGGAAAUUUCGUUGAAAUUGGUCCAAUUGAUAUGAAUGGGAAUCCCCGAAACACCACAUGGGUCAAUGACUACAAUGUGCUGUUCAUCGACGCACCAGUUGGUGCAGGAUUCAGUCAUGUUGAUUCUAGUCAAGGGUUCAAUACUGAGGAUAGUGCAAUCACUGAAGAUGUUGUUAGUGUCAUCAAAUUCUUCUUGAAGUUAUUCCCGAAGUAUCAAACAGUUCCAACAUAUAUUGUAGGCCAGUCCUACGGAGCAAAAGUAGCCGUUAAUGUUGCCUGGGAAUUGAAUCGGGGAUUUCAAAACUUUGAGCACAAUGUGAAAGGCGUCGGCCUUGGUGGUCCUGCCAUAUCAUCAUUAGACAUUUUACAAGCCGUCCCAUCCUUUGCCUUUCAUCUGGGUUUCAUAGACGCUAAGCAGAGAGAUGCCGUUCAAGAGGUAGUCGACAAGGUUAAGGCUCCGGUAGAGCAGGAAAAAUGGAUAGAAGCAGUGGAUAAGUGCGGUGAUGUCUUAACCAAAUUGUGGGAUUAUACCGAGCCCUUCGAUUACACUAAUGUCCUUCUGAAACGUAAGCCUGACUGGUCAUACAAUAAGGUAGUUACGGAAAACACUGAGUUCAUGAACAAAAAUGUUAAAUCGGUGCUCAAUAUCGCCACCGACUUCGGCACGCAAGCAGAUCAUGUUUUUGACGCUUUGCUAGGAGCAUAUAUGCGACCUGCAGUCAAUUCUGUGGAGCGAUUGUUGAAAAAGACCGAUCUGAAAGUAGUCAUAUACAGUGGUCAACUGGAUUUCUCAGUUCCAACCACAUCAGUAGUUGCUUGGCUGGAUAGAGUAUUCAAGCAGGAUGAGGGAUGGACCAAGGCUAACAGAACUAGACUAAUAGUUGACGACAUUGUUGAAGGAUAUCAAAAACAUUACGAUAAUCUGAGUAUGUACUGGAUCUUCCGUGCAGGCCAUUGGGCACCACGAGACAACCCAGCUGCUCUGAAAAAAAUAUUGCAAAAUUUAAUAGGUUCCUAAAUUGGAAAACUAGUAAAUUGCUUUCAUUAAAGCAACAUUGAUGGAUUUGAUUGCAAUAAAAUACAUUAGUUUUGGUA